AGUGAAGAAGAGGGAAAACAAUUUUAGAGAACUUUUAACUUCUAAACUCCUGGACCACAUACCAUACCCAGCCUUACAGCUGCCUGUGAGUGACAGAGCCCAGUAAAACUAAAAGGUAAUACAGUAUUGCAGGCCAGCCAUGAACCCUUCCCCAGGGCUCUGCAAGAUCCUGUUUGGGAAGCAACAAACAGGUUGUUCCAUGACUGUCCAGUAAUGUUUGCCAGCUUGUAACUCUAGAGCCUGUUCUGUGCCAGCUGCAUUCUCAGACUUCUAAAAAUCUAAGAUUUCACCUGUGAAAUGCUCUUCUCAGCUUCACUUUGCCACUGAUGUGGUGCUUUAUUAUGCAUCUUUUUAUGUAGUUAUCCAUUUGUAGUAGGUAAUGAGCCAGCUGUCCUGUAUUUUAUUUCCAGUACCAGCAUUUUUUAUAACAGUAUCAUUAUAAUACAAAACUGCUUUUUCUGUAACAGUACAGUACUCCUUGUAGUCCCAAGUUUAAAUACCGCACUUGAUCAAAAAACAGAAAGAACUUUGAACUGGAGCAGUUUUGGGUUUCUGGCUGGAAAUACAAUGUAGAAUCAAUCACAGAAGGGUCAGUUCGGAAGGGACCACAGUGGGUGAUCUGGUCCCACCUCCCUGCUCAAGCGGGGCGAUCCCAGAGCGCAUUACACGGAAUUCAGAUGACUCCAGGGUAUCUCCAGCGAGGGAGACUCCACAGCGUCUCUGGGCAAGCUAUUCCAGUGUGCAGGCACUGCACAGGAAACAAGCUUUUCCUGAUAUUCAGGUGGCUCUCCCUGUGCAUCAGCUUCCGCCGGUUGCAGAAACCUUUUCCUAUUGCUGGGCCCCACCGGGAAGUGCCCGGACCCCGCCUCUUGGCACCGCUCCUUUAGACUCGGAUAUACAUCGAUUGGGUUCCCUUCCCUGUCCUCUCCAUAUACACCCAAAGCAGCCGGGGCUUCAGGUUUCUGUGUGUUUUGUGAGAACACAUAUUCAAACACAAACCGUGUCUAAUCUCCUGCACAGCAGACUGUUUUGCUAAUGGCCCAGGUCAAUCCCGGCGGGCGAGCGCCCGAUAAUCACACGGCCCUCCACGCCGCCAUGCGCCGCUCCCCACCCCCGCCUGCUGCUCCGCCACCAUCCCGGCAUCCUCCGCUUCUGCCUACACGCCAUAUCCGCCUCCGAGGCGGCGCUCUAGCCCGGGCCGCCGCUCUCGAUGGUGUUUGGGAGGGGUGUCAUGGCGGCCGUUGAGCUGGCAGUGGCCGGAGCCACCGGGAGGAGUCGCUGAGCCAGGACAGGACAGGACAAGCAGCUGAGCCGGAGGAGCCAGGAGGAUGCGUGCGGCUUUGGCGGAGCAGUGGCCGAGUCCGGUGUACUGAGCCCGCAGCAGGAGCUGCGACCCGCUGUAGCGAGGAGAAGGGAGACGGAGGCGGCCCCUUGGCCCGCAGGAACCGGCUGUAGGGGCCGCCCGGCAGGGCCGAGCGAGGCCCGGAGCCCUCCGAGCCGCGAUGGCGUCGUGGCUGGGCGGGCUGGGCUCGGGACUGGGUCAGUCCUUGGGGCAGGUGGGCGACAGCCUGUCCUCGCUCACCGGGCAGAUCUCCAGCUUCACUAAGGACAUCCUUCUGGAAGGCGCGGAGGAAGUGGGCGAUGCAGCAACAGAACUCCAUGUGUCCAAUGCUAGACUCAGAGAAAUAGAAAGUGUUAAUGCAGCACAAAAGUUUGAAAAUGAUAGACUGAAAAAAGUCUGUAGUGACUUAGAAGAAAAGCAUGAAGCAGCAGAGCUGCAAAUAAAGCAGUUGUCUGUUGAGUACCGCAAUCAACUACAACAGAAAGAGGUGGAAAUCAGCCAUCUAAAAGCUAGACAGAAUGCACUACAGGAACAAUUGCAGAAAGUACAGACAGCUGCUCAAACUGCUCAGUUGGGAGCUGGUGUUUUGCCAGCAGCCACUGCAUCGGCCUCCUAUGUUCCAGAUGUCAGACAUUCCUCAGGCUUUGAAGGAGAUGACAUGGAUUUUGGAGAUAUAAUCUGGUCACAACAAGAAAUAAACAGAUUGUCCAAUGAAGUUUCCAGGCUCGAAUCGGAGGUUGACCACUGGAAACAGAUUGCAGUGUCUUCCAAAGUGCAAGGUACAAAUGAUGCUGAACAAAGUGAAAUAUGCAAACUACAAAAUCUUGUUAAGGAGCUCAAACAAAAGUUAAGUCAAGAAAUAGAUGAACAUCAGCAUGAGCUGUCAGUAUUGCAGGAUGCCCACAGACAGAAGUUAGUAGAGAUAAGUCGCCGACACCGAGAAGAGCUGUGUGAAUAUGAAGAGCGGAUUGAAGAACUUGAGAAUCGGUUACAGCAAGAUGGUGUGAGCACUGAUGCCAUGGAUGAGUCUCAGAUUACUGAACAGAAAAAAAAAGCUCAGAGUCUAGAUGGAGGUCAGGUGGAAGAGUUGCAGGUUGUAAAGGACCUAGAAGAUGAAAUAAGAAAAUUAAAUCACAAAUUGUCUUCUGCCAAAGCAGAAAACAAAAAUCUUCUGAAAGAACAAGAAUUUGCAAAGCUAGAAAGAAUCCAAAUGGCACAAGAUUAUGAAAAGCUUAAAUCUGACUUUAAUGCACUUCAAAGAUCUGUGGCAGAGCAAGAUGCUCCCCUGAAAGAACAGAAGCGGCUCCAGUCAGAGACAUCACUACCACAAGAUGUUGUCAGCCUACAGCAAGCACUGUUAGAAGCAAGAAAUGAAAUAGCAAGACUUUCCAGUUUAAAUCAGGGACUUGAGAAGGAACUGACAAGUGCACAACAUAAACAUGAGAAUAUUCUUUCUUCGAAUACAGAGGAUCAGAAUUCAGAAAUAAAUCAGUUAAGACGAGAUUUGGAAAGGAAAGAACAAGAAUUAGAUGAAAGUGUUGCUGAAAGAGAAACAUUAAUAGCAGAGUUGGAAGAGCUAGACAAGCAGAAUCAAGAAGCUACUCAGCAUAUGAUUACACUGAAAGAGCAGCUGUCAAAGCAACACACAGAAACUGAUAGUAUCAUCAAACAGCUGAAACUUGACAUAGAUUGUGAAAGAAAGAAAGUAUCAGAAUUGGAAACUGAGAAGAUGAAAACUAUUAAAGAGUUAGAUAGUCAGAAAGAAAAACUAAGCCACUGUUCAUAUACACUUAAUGAUUUACAUAUAACUAAGCAGCAGCUACAAGAUAAUAUUAAAGAUCUUCAGGAACAAUUAAGGAAAGCCCAGGACUGUAAUUUGCAUAGUAAAAAAGAAAUUGGAGAGUUGCAGCAGAGACUGAAAGAAAGGGAGGAGGAACUUCAUGUAUCCUUGAGCAAAUUAACAGAAAAAAGUAAUGAGGAAUCUAACUACACUUGUCAAGAUCUGAUUCUGAAAGAAAGAGAAGUAGAAAUUGAAAAACUACAGAAUGAUGUUUCAGAAAAUAAACAAAUAAAUGAAGAUCUACAGAAAUCUUUGUCUAAUCUCAGGACAGAAAAUGGAAAGCUGAUAGCAGCCAUUGAAGAACUAAAACAGGAGUUAAGUGAUACCAUUUCUGAGAAAAAGAAAGUUUCUUUGGAAAAAGACACUGUUGUGGAGGCUUUGAAAAUGGAAAAAAGACGGUUAGAGAGUGAAUUAAAUGAGACAGAGAAGAGGCUUUUGGAACAAGCACAUAAUUAUAAGCAAACUAUCGAGGAGUUAUCAAACGCACGUAGUAUGGAUACUACUGCAUUGCAGCUCGAACAUGAGCGCCUGGUUAAGCUUCAUCAAGAAAAAGACUUUAAGAUUGCUGAGCUUCAAAGGACCAUUGAGCAGAUGGAAAUUGACCAUCAAGAAACAAAAGAGAUGUUGACUACUAGUUUAGGAGGACAAAAGCAGUUGACAGAUCUUAUAAAGGAGAAAGAGGUAUUCAUUGAAAAAUAUAAAAAUCAAGCCUUACAGGUGAAGCAGGAACUUGAAGAAUAUAUGAAAGUUUCAAAAAAGCAGGAUGUCUUAAAACAGAACUUGGAGGAAAAAGACAGAAGUCUUGCAGUCAUGAAGGAAGAAAAUAAUCAUUUGAAAGAAGAAAUCGAACGCCUUAAGGAUCAGCAAAGUAGAUCUACACCUGUGGUUGAGCCUAAAACAUUAGAUAUUAUUAUUGAACUUGAAAGUGAGGUAACACAGCUAAAAGUGAUAAAGAAUAAUCUUGAAGAAGAAAUCAAAGUUCACAAAAAAACAAUAGAAGAUCAGAAUCAAGCAACAGUGAAACUACAGCAGUCACUGCAGGAGCAGCAAAAGGAAAUAGAUGAGUCCAAAUUUCAGUGUGAGCAAAUGAAUGUCACACAUGAAAGACUCUUUUUAGAAAAAGAUGAAGAAAUCAAAAAUUUGCAGAAAACAAUUGAACAAAUUAAAACUCAGUUGCACAAAGAGAGACAGAUUAUCCAGACUGAUUCUUCUGAUCUUUUUCCGGAAACCAAAGUUCAGACUCUUAAUGGAGAAAAUGGAAAUGAAAAACAUGACUUAUCUAAAGCUGAAAUUGAAAGAUUGGUGAAAGGUAUCAAAGAAAGGGAGAUGGAAAUUAAGAUGUUAAAUGAAAAGAAUGUUUCUCUAAGUCAGCAAAUUGAUCAGUUGUCUAAGGAUGAAGUUGGUAAACUUACUCGGAUCAUUCAAGAGAAGGAUUUAGAAAUACAAGCUCUUAAUGCUAGAGUUUCCUCAGCUUCCUACAGACAGGAUGUUCUUUCUCUUCAGCAGCAGCUGCAGGCUUAUGUUCUAGAAAGAGAACAAGUACUAGCAGUUCUAAGUGAAAAGACAAGGGAAAACAGUCAGUUAAAAACAGAGUAUCGUAAUAUCAUGGACAUGGUUGCUGCUAAAGAAGCAGCUUUGGUGAGAUUGCAAGAGGAGAACCGAAGGUUAUCCAAUAGAUCUGAAAACAGCAGUCAGGACAUGUCUAGAGAAACUAUUCAGAAUUUAUCCCGUAUAAUUCGAGAAAAAGAUAUUGAAAUAGAUGCUCUAAGUCAAAAAUGCCAAACCUUAUUGACUGUCUUGCAGACAUCCAGUACAGGUGCUGAUAAUGGAGCAGGGGCUGUGAACAGUAACCAGUUUGAGGAACUUCUGCAAGAACGUGAUAAACUAAAACAGCAAGUAAAGAAAAUGGAAGAGUGGAAACAACAAGUAAUAACCACGGUCCAGAACAUGCAGCACGAAUCAGCUCACCUUCAAGAGGAGUUACACAAGCUGCAAACACAAAUUUCAGUGGAAAGUGAUAGUACCUCAAGGCUGCAGGUAGAUUAUAAUGGCUUGAUUCAGAGUUAUGAACAGAAUGAGAAAAAGCUGAAAAGUUUUAGUCAGGAAUUAGCACAAGUUCAACACAGCAUAGGGCAGCUUUAUAACACCAAGGAUCUUCUCCUGAGUAAACUGGAUUUGGUAACACCAUCUGUGGCAGCAGCUUCCACUGUUUCACAACUUUCAGGUGUUCAAUACAGUCCUCCUGAAGCACUCAGUGAGGAGAGUAGACUCCUUCAAAAUGAGUUGGAACAACUGAAAAAAAAGUUACAAGAUAAAGAUUCAACUAUUAGGAUUCUUCAGGAAAACAAUCAGCGAUUAUCUGAUUCUGUUGCUACAGCAUCAGAGAUUGAGAGAAAGAGUCAAGAAGGGACUGAAUCAGAGAUGAGGCAGAUCAAAGAAAAACAUGAUGUGUUACAGAAGUCACUUAGGGAAAAAGAUAUAUUAAUUAAAUCUAAAAGUGAUCAGUUACUUUCCGUGAGUGAAAAUCUUAGCAACAAAGAAAAUGAAAAUGAACUUUUGAAGCAAGCUGUAACUAAUCUAAAAGAAAGAAAUUUAAUUUUAGAAAUGGAUAUUAAAAAACUGAAAGAAGAAAAUGAGAAAAUAGUUGCGAGGUGCAGGGAAAAAGAAACAGAAUUCCGUGCACUUCAGGAGACUAAUAUGCAAUUUUCAAUGAUGCUGAAGGAGAAAGAGUUUGAGUCUCACUCAAUGAAGGAAAAAGCUCUUGCUUUUGAGAAGCUGUUGAAAGACAAAGAACAGGGCAAGACAGGAGAAUUGAAUCAGCUGUUAAAUGAAGUUAAAUCAAUGCAGGAAAAGGCUGUUACUUUUCAGCAAGAGAGAGACCAAGUCAUGGUAGCACUCAAACAGAAGCAAAUGGAGACCGGUGCCCUGCAGAGUGAGGUACAGCAUUUGCAUGAGAAGGAGCAACGCCUGAAUCAGGAACUGGAGAGGUUGCGGAAUCACCUUCUAGAAAUGGAAGACUCCUACACCAAAGAAGCUUUAGCUGCAGAAGACAGAGAGGUCAAGCUAAGAAAAAAGGUCUUGAUUUUGGAAGAAAAACUUGCAUCCUCAUCUACUGCAGUGGAGAAUGCCAGUCAUCAGGCUAGUCUGCAAGUUGAAUCUUUGCAAGAGCAGUUAAAUCUAGUUUCCAAGCAGAGAGAUGAAACCAUGCUGCAGCUGACCAUCUCCCAGGACCAAGUGAAGCAGUAUGCACUGUCUCUGGCCAACCUGCAGAUGGUACUAGAGCAGUUCCAACAGGAAGAAAAAGCUAUGUAUUCAGCGGAACUGGAGAGACACCAAAAACAGAGUGCAGAAUGGAAGAAGAAAGCAGAAAACCUAGAAGAAAAAGUUGUAUCGCUGCAGGUGAGUCUAGAAGAGGCAAAUUCUGCUCUGGAUGCAGCAUCCAGGCUUACUGAGCAGCUUGACAUCAAAGAGGAGCAGAUUGAAGAGCUUAAGAAAGAAGGUGAGGUCAGAAGAGAAAUGUUAGAAGAUGUACAAAAUAAAUUAAUGAACCUUAUGAACAGCACAGAAGGAAAAGUGGACAAACUGUUGAUGAGAAAUCUCUUUAUUGGACAUUUUCAUACUCCAAAAAAUAAACGUGUUGAAGUGUUAAGAUUAAUGGGAAGUAUCUUGGGGCUGAAAAAGGAGGAGCUUGAUCAGUUAUUAUCUGAAGAGCAAAGAGGCGUAACGAGAUGGGUGACUGGCUGGCUUGGUGGAGGAGCUGGGUCAAAGAGUGUUCCUAGUACACCUUUGAGACCAACUCAUCAGAACAUUUUUAAUAGUUCUUUUUCAGAACUGUUCGUGAAAUUCCUUGAAACUGAAUCUUGCCCAAGCCUUCCCCCACCCAAGCUCUCUGUUCAUCACAUGAAACCUCUAGGAGCAGCAGGAACUGGUAAAACUACCAGUGCUCCACCCAACAGUCAAAUGCAAGAUUCUCCAGUCUCGGGAAUGGGUAGAAGACCAGAUGCAAAUCCAUUUUUAGCACCUCGAUCUGCAGCAGUGCCUCUCAUAACACCAGCUAGUAGUUCUGGACAUCUGCUUAUGAAACCUAUUUCUGAUGCACUGCCUACUUUUACACCACUGCCAGUGUCCCCUGAUGCCAGUGCUGGUGCUGUGUUAAAAGACCUCCUAAAACAAUAGAUGAUCUUGUAUCAGGAUGAUGAUGGUAGCACUUUAAGGAAAAUGAGAACACUAUGUUGUAUAUAAUUUACCACAAUGAGGCCUUCUGUAAAAAAUGCAUUUGAUUGCAAUUGUAUCUUGCUUUUCUUGUACUUACAAACUUAUCAGUGCUUCAGAAAUUCUAGUGGUGGAAUGAAUAAUUGCCUUCUGUAUAGCAGGUAUUCAUUCUGGGUGUGGGUUAAAUAUUUAACUGAGAAAAUAAAAAUCUAUCUUGUUGCUGGAUUGUCACAAGACAAAUUAAAGGAUUUUUAAACCUUAGUUAUACUGGGUUAUUUCUGAUAUGCAUAGACAGCAUUAACUCUUUGGUGUUGAGAUUUGUUUUUCCAUUAAAAUGAUCUACCAUCUACCUUCAAGAACCAGAACUAAAAAAAAAAUACAUAAAACACCCAAUUAAUGGUGUUUAUUUAAUGCACUUUUUGGACAUAUAUCCCUUACUUACAAGUUUGAUUGCAUUUGGGGACGAUUUGAGGCACAUUAAUCUCUUUGCACAAUGAUUUGAUAUACCCCCCACCCCAGACUCACAGCUGUUUUCAGCAGUCUGACCCAUCAGCACCAAAGAGUUAAUUGUGGCAGUGAGGCUUCACAUCCAUGUAAAGAGGGGGUAAUUUAGCAAAUGAUACAUUCACAUACACAAAGACACUGUGCUCUAAUGGUCCAAGGUGUAUAUUUGAGAGACUUUUUAUCUUGCAAAAUUUUGUAGAUCCAAAUAUAGACUUACAGCUUGAACACCUGUAUAGAAUUAAAAGGGAGGAGGGUGCUUGCUUAUCUCAAAUAUGUAAAUAGGUCUUUGUACAACCAAGGCCAAAGCCAAUUAUUCUGUAAAUUUUACUGUGAUAACUUGUACACUUUGUUUAGCAGGUAAAGAAUGAAGUUGCAUACUAAAGAAUAAGAGUCAUCCUCAUUGUGAAUCUGAGAUAAAAUGUCUUCUGUUUAAAAUGUGUAAUUUCUAAGUCUUUUUAUAUGCCUCUCCUUAUUAAGUCAGUGUUAAGAUAACUGUUGUGCAAGUUCUAUAUUAGAACUGUCAACCUUCUCCAUUUUCAUUAAGGUCCUGGGCAAGAUUGUUGUAAGAGUUAUAUUUAAAUAAAAUUAAUUACUGAACUUGUACAGAAUGCACCAAAAUAAUGCAAGGAAUCUUUGCACUUAUUUAUAUAGAGGUCAAAUAGUGAAUUUCUUUUGUUGCCUUGAAACCUAGCAAAGUUUUUUUAAUUGCUGUGCUUACUUCUAAGAACUGUUUGAAACCCUUUUCUCCAGUAUAGUAAUGUUCCAUGGAAGACUUUGCAGUUUUGUAACUGGAUUGACCUACCGUAUUGGAUUUAGAUUUUAAAUUUUUUUACACAUUAUGGACAGUUUGGCAGCUUGAUUUCUGAAAAGAUAGCAGCCACAUAUUUACAAAAGUAAAUUCUGUGUUAUGUAAUAAAUGUAAUGAGAAUCUCAGAUGAUCUCAGCUGAGAAUACUGCAGUUAGGUACUUCAAAUGUACAUCUUCGUUUAAACUGAACUGGAAGAGCUACCUUUUUUUCCUCUAUAGCAAUUACAAAGAAAAGUGAAAUCAGGUGGCUUCUGUGCAAUCUCUCUUGGUCUAGUAGUCAUGUCUGUUUAAUGAUACAUAGCUACUUCGCAAUAAAAUUGCCUUUUGGUGAGCCAAAGCAGAAGGUAAUGUUUAGUUUUCAAAAAUUAUGUGACUUAUGUGUUGUAAAUUACAAAUGGAGUCAUGCUGCUCACUAUUCUCUGAAAAUAUUAACUGAGCAGUUCUUAACUUUUUAAAUGCAUUUUUUCUUCUUUAACUGCAGUGAACUUAAUAUGUACACAUUUCUCUUUCAGGAAGCUUUCUAAAUGCCAAUAAAGAAAACAUAGUAAGACCAUUUA